AUGAGGAUUGAAGUUCCAGACAAGCUUGGACAAAAACAUGAGAUCUGUCACAAAAGCAGACUACGAAGAAAUGAAAUAAAAGCUGAAACUGAAAAGCAGAGUCCUCCCCAUGGAGAAGCAAAAGUUGGAUCAAGCACCCUUCCACCAGUGAAAUCAAAGACAAAUUUUAUUGAAGCAGACAAAUACUUCUUACCCUUUGAGUUGGCAUGCCAGUCUAAAUGUCCCCGAAUAGUUAGUACAUCUUUAGAUUGUUUGCAGAAACUUAUUGCUUAUGGGCACUUGACUGGCAAUGCUCCAGACAGUACAACACCAGGCAAAAAAUUAAUUGAUAGAAUUAUUGAAACAAUAUGUGGCUGCUUUCAAGGACCUCAAACGGAUGAAGGAGUUCAGUUACAGAUAAUAAAGGCUUUACUUACUGCAGUAACAUCACAACACAUAGAAAUUCAUGAAGGAACUGUACUUCAGGCUGUGAGAACAUGUUACAAUAUCUAUCUAGCAAGCAAAAAUCUCAUCAAUCAGACAACAGCCAAAGCUACUCUUACUCAGAUGCUAAAUGUUAUCUUUGCACGUAUGGAAAACCAAGCAUUGCAGGAGGCCAAACAAAUGGAGAAAGAAAGACAUCGGCAACAUCAUCAUCUGUUACAGUCUCCAGUAAGCCAUCAUCAGCCUGAAUCACCUCAACUUAGAUAUUUGCCACCUCAGACUAUUGAUCAUAUAUCUCAAGAACAUGAAGGGGACCUUGACCCCCACACAAAUGAUGUGGAUAAAAGUCUUCAGGAUGACACAGAGCCUGAAAAUGGAUCUGAUAUUUCCAGUGCAGAGAAUGAGCAGACUGAAGCUGAUCAGGCAACUGCAGCUGAAACAUUGUCUAAAAAUGAUGUAUUGUAUGACGGAGAAAACCAUGACUGUGAAGAAAAGCCACAAGAUAUUGUACAGAGCAUUGUAGAAGAAAUGGUAAACAUCAUUGUUGGAGAGAUGGGAGAAGGGACUACUAUAAAUGCAAAUACAGAUGGCAACAUUGGAGCUAUAGAGGAUGGUAGUGACAGUGAGAAUAUUCAAGCAAAUGGAAUACCAGGAACACCAAUUUCUGUUGCAUAUACACCAUCCUUACCUGAUGACAGAUUGUCUGUCUCUUCCAAUGAUACUCAGGAAUCCGGAAAUUCUUCAGGACCUUCACCUGGUGCUAAGUUUUCCCACAUUUUACAAAAGGAUGCCUUUCUAGUAUUCAGGUCAUUGUGUAAACUGUCAAUGAAACCACUGUCAGAUGGACCACCAGAUCCAAAGUCUCAUGAGUUACGCUCCAAGAUUCUUUCAUUGCAAUUACUUCUGUCCAUUCUGCAGAAUGCAGGACCUGUUUUUAGAACAAAUGAAAUGUUUAUUAAUGCUAUUAAGCAGUAUCUUUGUGUUGCACUCUCAAAAAAUGGAGUCUCAUCUGUUCCAGAAGUUUUUGAGCUUUCUCUUUCCAUAUUUCUUACUUUGUUGUCAAACUUCAAGACACAUCUGAAGAUGCAAAUUGAGGUGUUCUUUAAAGAAAUUUUCCUAUAUAUUUUGGAAACUUCGACCAGCUCAUUUGAUCACAAAUGGAUGGUUAUUCAGACACUGACAAGGAUUUGUGCCGAUGCUCAGAGUGUAGUAGAUAUUUAUGUAAACUAUGACUGUGACUUAAAUGCAGCAAAUAUAUUUGAAAGACUGGUAAACGAUCUAUCAAAAAUUGCCCAAGGAAGAGGCAGUCAGGAACUUGGUAUGAGUAGUGUUCAGGAAUUGAGCUUGAGGAAAAAAGGUUUAGAAUGUUUAGUGUCGAUUUUGAAGUGUAUGGUGGAAUGGAGUAAGGAUCAGUAUGUGAAUCCCAACUCUCAGACAACUCUUGGUCAGGAAAAACCAUCAGAACAAGAGAUGAGUGAAAUGAAACACCCUGAAACAAUAAACAGAUAUGGAAGUUUAAACUCCCUGGAAUCAACAUCAUCAUCAGGAAUUGGUAGCUAUAGCACACAAAUGUCUGGCACUGAUAAUCCAGAGCAAUUUGAAGUCCUGAAGCAACAAAAGGAAAUCAUAGAACAAGGGAUAGAUUUAUUUAAUAAGAAACCAAAGAGAGGAAUACAGUACCUCCAAGAACAAGGAAUGCUGGGCACUACACCUGAAGAUAUUGCUCAAUUCUUACAUCAAGAGGAAAGAUUAGACUCUACUCAAGUGGGUGAGUUUCUGGGAGACAAUGACAAAUUUAAUAAGGAAGUCAUGUAUGCAUAUGUGGAUCAACAUGACUUUUCAGGAAAAGACUUUGUUUCCGCCCUUCGAAUGUUUCUGGAAGGAUUCCGUCUUCCAGGGGAAGCUCAAAAAAUUGAUCGAUUAAUGGAAAAAUUUGCUGCAAGAUACCUAGAAUGCAACCAAGGACAAACCCUUUUUGCUAGUGCAGAUACUGCUUAUGUUUUGGCAUAUUCAAUUAUCAUGUUGACCACAGACCUUCAUAGUCCACAGGUUAAAAACAAAAUGACAAAGGAACAGUAUAUUAAAAUGAAUAGAGGUAUCAAUGAUAGUAAAGACCUUCCUGAAGAAUAUCUGUCAGCCAUCUAUAAUGAAAUAGCUGGGAAAAAGAUAUCAAUGAAAGAAACAAAAGAACUAACAAUCCCUACAAAAUCAACUAAGCAAAAUGUAGCCAGUGAAAAACAAAGAAGACUUCUUUAUAACUUAGAAAUGGAACAGAUGGCCAAGACAGCUAAAGCACUAAUGGAGGCUGUGAGCCAUGUUCAGGCACCUUUUACAAGUGCAACACAUUUGGAGCAUGUGAGGCCUAUGUUUAAGCUGGAAAGAGAUGCAUAUGUCCAGGCACUAGCAAGAUUUACAUUACUUACAGUGAGUUCUGGUAUUACUGAAAUGAAACAGAAGAAUAUUGACACAAUAAAAACACUUAUCACAGUGGCUCAUACAGAUGGAAAUUAUUUAGGAAAUUCAUGGCAUGAGAUUCUGAAGUGCAUCAGUCAGUUGGAACUGGCACAACUUAUAGGAACUGGAGUAAAACCUCGAUACAUUUCAGGAACAGUGAGAGGCAGAGAAGGAUCUCUUACUGGAACAAAAGAUCAGGCUCCUGAUGAAUUUGUGGGUCUAGGAUUAGUUGGAGGAAAUGUGGACUGGAAGCAGAUAGCGAGUAUUCAGGAAUCCAUUGGAGAAACCAGUUCUCAAAGUGUUGUUGUUGCUGUAGAUAGAAUAUUCACAGGAUCUACAAGGCUAGAUGGAAAUGCUAUUGUGGAUUUUGUUCGUUGGCUCUGUGCUGUGUCUAUGGAUGAAUUACUUUCCACUACACACCCAAGAAUGUUUAGUCUACAAAAAAUAGUAGAAAUAUCAUAUUAUAACAUGGGAAGAAUAAGAUUGCAGUGGUCUCGGAUUUGGGAAGUUAUUGGAGAUCACUUUAAUAAGGUUGGCUGUAAUCCUAAUGAAGAUGUCGCUAUUUUUGCAGUAGACUCCUUGAGGCAAUUGUCAAUGAAGUUUUUAGAGAAAGGGGAGCUUGCAAAUUUCAGAUUCCAGAAGGAUUUCUUAAGACCUUUUGAACAUAUAAUGAAACGAAACAGGUCUCCAACAAUUCGAGAUAUGGUUGUACGGUGUAUAGCACAGAUGGUAAAUUCUCAAGCUGCUAACAUUCGGUCUGGAUGGAAGAACAUUUUCUCUGUAUUUCACCUAGCUGCAUCUGAUCAAGAUGAAAGCAUAGUGGAACUUGCAUUUCAAACAACAGGGCACAUUGUCACCCUUGUAUUUGAAAAACACUUUCCAGCCACCAUUGAUUCUUUCCAGGAUGCAGUGAAGUGUUUGUCUGAAUUUGCAUGCAAUGCAGCUUUCCCAGACACAAGUAUGGAAGCAAUUCGACUUAUUCGCCAUUGUGCAAAAUAUGUGUCUGAAAGACCUCAGGCUUUCAAGGAGUAUACAAGUGACGACAUGAAUGUGGCACCUGAAGACAGGGUGUGGGUGAGAGGAUGGUUCCCUAUUCUCUUUGAGUUAUCCUGUAUCAUCAAUAGAUGCAAAUUAGAUGUAAGAACCAGGGGCUUAACAGUAAUGUUUGAAAUAAUGAAAACAUACGGCCAUACUUAUGAAAAACACUGGUGGCAGGAUUUAUUUAGAAUUGUUUUCAGAAUUUUUGACAAUAUGAAACUACCAGAACAACAGACAGAGAAAGCUGAAUGGAUGACAACAACUUGCAAUCAUGCACUUUAUGCAAUCUGUGAUGUAUUCACCCAGUAUUUAGAAGUACUCAGUGAUGUGCUGUUGGAUGAUAUUUUUGCUCAACUAUACUGGUGUGUGCAGCAAGACAAUGAGCAGUUAGCACGAUCUGGUACAAACUGCUUAGAAAAUGUUGUUAUUCUGAAUGGUGAAAAAUUUACCCUAGAAAUCUGGGAUAAAACUUGUAACUGCACACUGGAUAUCUUCAAAACCACAAUUCCACAUGCGCUCUUGACUUGGCGUCCAACUUCUGGAGAAACUUCACUUCCCCCUCAGUCUCCUGUGAGUGAAAAACAGUUAGAUACAGUAUCACAGAAAUCUGUAGAUAUACACGAUUCUAUCCAACCGAGAUCUACAGAUAAUAGACAGCAAGCACCUUCAGUUUCUGCCUCCACUGUGAAUGAGGAAGUUAACAAAAUCAAAUCUUCAGCAAAAUUUCCAGAACAAAAAUUGUUUGCUGCCCUGUUGAUUAAAUGUGUUGUGCAGCUGGAACUCAUCCAGACCAUCGACAACAUCGUGUUCUUCCCAGCAACAAGUAAGAAGGAAGAUGCAGAAAACUUAGCUGCAGCCCAGAGAGAUGCAGUGGACUUCGAUGUUCGAGUUGAUACUCAAGACCAAGGAAUGUACCGCUUUUUGACAUCACAACAACUGUUUAAGCUUCUGGACUGCUUAUUAGAGUCACAUAGAUUUGCAAAAGCGUUCAAUUCUAACAAUGAACAGAGGACUGCUCUGUGGAAGGCAGGCUUCAAAGGCAAGUCCAAGCCUAAUCUUCUGAAGCAGGAGACGAGCAGCCUUGCCUGUGGGUUGCGCAUUCUCUUCCGGAUGUACAUGGAUGAAAGCCGGGUCAGUGCCUGGGAAGAGGUCCAGCAGAGGCUUUUAAAUGUCUGCAGUGAAGCACUAAGUUACUUUCUCACUCUAACAUCAGAAAGUCAUCGGGAAGCCUGGACUAACUUGCUGCUGUUGUUCCUCACUAAAGUUCUGAAGAUCAGCGAUAACAGGUUUAAAGCUCAUGCGUCAUUCUACUAUCCUCUCUUAUGUGAAAUUAUGCAGUUUGACUUGAUUCCUGAACUGCGUGCUGUUCUUAGAAGAUUUUUUCUGCGAAUUGGAGUCGUUUUCCAAAUAUCACAACCGCCUGAACAGGAACUUGGAAUAAACAAACCGUGAUGGGAACGUAAUAUUUUUCUGUUGACGUUUACAUCCCUCUGCUCUUUCAAAGGACCCUGGAGCCGAGGCUUCCUACCAGAAAAUGGUCUCUCUGAAUUACAGUGUCUGAGUUACUGGUAAAUAUGCUUACAACUAGAACUCAAACUUGGAACACUCCAUCUAGUCCCUUUAGCAAUCUAGUAGAUUCUGUCAUGUGGGCUCAUGUUGAGCUAGAAAGCCUAUUUAAAGUGUCAGCUUGUGCUCAGGGGUCCUUGCCUGUGCUCUGAGGCAGGGAGAGCCCUUCAUAUUUUUGGCAGGCAUGGAAGUGAAAUUUACCCAAAGAACUACAGAUGUAAAGUGUGAACUUCUACAAGAAGUACAACUCAGGAGAGCUGUAUUUUGAAGGUUAAAAUGUUUAUAAUUGGGGAGGGUGGGGGAGGAAAAAUUAUUGUUCAUGGUAAGAUAUUUAGCAACUACGGUAUUCUUAUUCUAAAGAUUUUUGCACACUCAGGUUAUCUGAGAUACUGGUAAUCAUCCUUCUGUGAAAAAUGUACAGAGUUGCAGGUCUGUAAUAUAAAAAAAAAAUCUUAAGAGUUCUUCCUGCACUGUUUUAUUUUCUUUAUUUUCUUAUCUACUUGCUAAAUACCCAUAUUUUGUCAGAUGCACUAAACAUUUGGGUUGAACUUUUGUCUUUAUUUUGUGGGGACUUUCAGUUUUGCCCUGUUUGGAGGGUGGUAACUUUGAGGAGUUCAACAUGCUUAAAGGCUGUUGUCAAGAUCAAUAAUGGGAGUGGGGACAUGAUGAGGAUAAAGGUAGAAAAUACCCUACUGACAAUAACUACCUGUAAUAUACUUCUCUUAGGGCUUUUAAAGAUGAGCCAUUAAAAUAGAAUGAUCCUUCAUGGACUGAAACUUGAAUCACUGCAAAAUGAAUCUUGCUGUCACUUUUCUUCUUUUGGGUGGCGGGGCUUGAUGUAGAUUUACUCUAUGUACAGAAUUUAAUGUUGAAUAUAUUAAAAUAACAAAUCUGGCAUGGUUUGGGGAGGUUAGAUUUACUGGAAAUGUAUUCAUACUGUGAAUUGUGCUCUAAUGGUUAAAAAAAGACAAGAUUGUCAAGCAUUCCGUAUUAACAGUGGAUGUAGAAAUUUUUUUCAGAUGGAUAAAAUGUAUAUGGUACAGAUGUAAAGUUUUCUAUGUAAAAAAUUCUGUACAACUUUCUGUACAAUAUUGAUUCUCAUCUGGCAUAUUCAAAUCAGGUUAUAGGUCAAUAAAAUUUUUGAAUAAUUUCAUCAAUGCAA